AUGGAUGCACCAAAACCAGCUCUCAAGCGCCCGUCUGCUCUGCCUCGUCCGGGCUCGCGAUUGCCAGCCCCGAAGACUAGACCCUCCAGCUCGACUCGGCGCGCCGCCCCACCCCAACAACCACCUCCCUCAGAUGUAUCCAUACCAGCAGUACCGCCGCCGAAAGGGACUAUCGGAACUACAUCCAGACUCACCAAACGGCUGUCGACAUCCUCACUGUCGCGUGCUGCACAGUCAGAUGCCAAACCAGCGGCGGCCCCCACCAAGCCAGUCGCCUCCCGCACUAAUCUACCAGCAGCUGGCAGCAGCAGCAGAUAUGGCAUCAAACCAGCAAUUGGAGGCACUUCAGCAUCACGUGUCAAGCCGCCCUUGAACACAAAGUCGUCUAUAGCAAGUCUCAGACCACCAGUCAAUGGCGGUGAUGACGAGCACAACGAUCGACUGGGCUCUCUCGGCAGCUUUCGUGCCGCCUCACGCCAGGCUUCUCGUCAAGGCUAUCGUGGCGAGACGUUCGAAGAGGCUAUAGCAGAGCCUCAGGAAUAUGUCGAGCCCGAUCACGAUGUGCCGCCAGUGCCGCAGAGGAAGACUUCCAGGCCGUCACUGUCCGAACGAACGAUUGAAAGUCUGCAAUCUCUCCCAUCAACGCCAAAGGAGCGCCGGCGAUCCAGCUUCUUCAAUCCCGUCGAAAGUCCCAUGGCUCCUCCUCUUCCACCGCCGGGCUCCAGUUUGAGCCGGAAUGGAAGCAACGGUAGCAGACCCGGAACCAGCGACGGCACUUUCGGGGGACCAAACAUAAAGCCGACCUCACCAUCGAAGAAGCCUCCUGCCAGCGCACAGCCUGCUUCACGAGUCGGCAGCAGACUCCCUAGUUUUGGCUCUGCUGCAGCGACCCGGCGUAGUGUUAGCGGUUCAUUCGCCAGCAGACUCCAGGGUGCCAAGCCUGCUGGAACGCCCCGAGCGAGCUCCCCGCCAAAACAAGCCAUUGCCGCAGCGUCGAACGUGAAAGCUCCGAUAGGCAACAGAACGAUAGCAACGUCGCGCCCUUCGAAGCCAAAGCCAGCGCUGGGAGAUGCCUUCAAGUCGCCUGCCAAGCGUCUGACAGUAGACACCACAAAGCCAGCGGUAGCACCAAGUGAGCCGAAGCGGGUGGUCUCGAAUUCAUCUGCCGCCUUGCGCGAGCAGAUUGCUGCAGCAAAGGCCGCCGCACGCAAGGAGAAGGCGGCCAAGCACGACUCACCACAAGACACCUCUGCGGCAGCGGUCGUCGGGGCUGCUGACGACAACUUCGAGAUGCACAAGAAUCCUUUCAAUGCGCCCAAGGACGAAAAGCACAUCUUGAAGAAUCGCAUCAAUGUCGCACGAAGCGAUGGCAAGCUCAAUAUCGCAGGACUGGAUCUCAAGCAGAUACCAGAAGAGGUUCGUCAGAUGUACGGCGCUGCUGCUAUGGAAGCUAGCAAUAUCAACUGGGCCGAGCUUGUUGAUUUGACCAAGCUGUUCGCUGCAAACAAUAAGUUGGAGGUCUUGGAAGACGUCGACUUUCCCGAUCUUUCGGCAGACGAGCUUGCGGCGGAUGAGCACUCAGAAGGCAACCAGUUCGGUGGCCUAGAGCUGCUUGACUUUCAUGACAACCUUCUGGAGAGACUUCCGAUGGGUCUAAGACGGUUAGAGCGCCUCACGGUUCUGAAUGUCGCGCACAAUAAGCUUGACAACGGUGCCUUCGAUGUCAUCAGCCAGAUCAAGACUCUGAAAGACCUCAAGCUGGGCAACAACAAUCUUUCAGGCAGUCUACCAGCCAGUGUCUGCGAGUUGCCAGCGCUCGAGGUACUUGACUUGCAAGCCAACAGAUUACUGAGCUUACCAGAAGCACUUCGCGACCUGGUGAGCUUGAGGGUGCUGAAUGUAUCCGGUAACCAGCUCACCGCGUUGCCUAUGGAAGCUCUGCAGCAACUGCCUCUGACCGAACUAGACGCCAGCAGCAAUGCUCUGAUAGCUUCUCUGUUCCCUCUAGGAGGCCCGAGCGGACAUCCUACACUACAGUUCCUGAACGUGGCGAACAAUUCUCUCGCCGCACUAACGUUCGAAGAGAAGCUCGACAUGCCCCGGAUGGUCAGCCUAGAUGUGACGAACAAUCACCUCACUGGCCUACCGCCUGUGAGCGGCUGGAACAGCUUGUUCACCCUCGCAGUUGGUGACAAUAAAGUCACGGACCUGCCGAAAGGCUUUACAUCGCUGAUGAAGCUUCGAAAUGUCAGUCUCACCGGUAACGAGCUGCGUGCACUGGACCCCGAGAUCGCGAACAUGGAGGGGUUGGAGUCGCUCAUACUUGCCGCCAACCCAUUGCGAGAGAAGAGGUUCUUGAGCAUGACCGCCACAGACAUUAAGCAGGAGCUGAGGGCUAGGCUGGCGCCAGAAGAUAACGGCUUCGAAACAGACGAGCCGACCAGCCCCAUAACCGUCAUAGGAGACAAUGAGGUGUCGGCAUCCAUGUGGUCGCUCCAAGGCAACGGCGUGCUGGAUCUGGCUUCGAAAGAUCUUUCAGAUGAUCUCAACACGACGCUUGGCUCCUUCCUUCGCAGUGAAGAAGUCAAGCAGAUACGUCUGCACCACAACCGCAUUACUUGCAUACCGCCCGCUCUCUGGAUGGGCCAAGACCUGCGCGUACUGGACCUGUCGCACAAUGUGCUCGCCGCGGACUACCUCUCGGAUGAGCUUGAACUCCCAGCACUACAAGAGCUCAACCUGAGCACUUGCAAGCUGACUUCACUCCAGCCGCUUGUUACGCAGCUCAUGGCGCCGAACCUAAGGGAGCUCAACAUUUGCGCCAACCGCAUAUCAGGACUCCUCCCGGCCCUGCAUAAAUCGUUCCCAGCACUGAGGACGCUGUUUGCAAGCGACAACAAGAUCAGAACCAUCAACGCGGACUCUCUGCGCGGCUUGAUCACUGUCAACCUGGCAGACAAUGACAUUGAGUCGCUUCCAGCGGAACUCGGUCUGUUGUGGGAUGAAGGCCUGAAGAAUCUGGAGCUCAGCAACAAUGCCUUCCGUGUUCCGAAUCGCCAACUUCUGCAGAAGGGCACGGAAGCUACACUCAGGUGGCUACGAGAUAAGCUUCCGGCGAGCAGUGUUGCAGGUGAAGAUUAG